CUUUGGUUCGCUGCGAGAGGCAGCCCGGGCGGUGGGAGCCAUGCAGAGGUCGCCUCUGGAAAAAGCGAACGUUUUCUCCAAACUUUUCUUCAGGUGGACAAAGCCUAUUUUGAAAAAGGGUUACAGACAGCGCCUAGAAUUGUCAGACAUUUAUCAGAUCCCUGCCACAGAUUCUGCAGAUAAUCUUUCUGAAAAAUUGGAAAGAGAAUGGGACAGAGAGUUGGCUUCAAAGAAAAAACCUAGACUCAUCAAUGCUCUUAGACGGUGUUUUUUCUGGAAAUUUAUGUUCUAUGGAAUAAUACUAUAUUUAGGGGAAGUUACUAAAUCUGUGCAGCCCCUUUUACUGGGGAGAAUAAUUGCUUCCUUUGAUCCUUCCAAUUCACUUGAACGAUCAAUCGCUUACUAUCUAGCCAUAGGACUCUGCCUUCUCUUCGUUGUACGGAUGUUGCUUCUCCACCCAGCUAUAUUUGGCCUCCAUCAUAUCGGAAUGCAAAUAAGGAUAGCCAUGUUUAGCUUAAUUUAUAAGAAGACCUUAAAAUUGUCAAGCAGAGUCCUAGAUAAAAUAAGUACUGGACAACUCGUUAGCCUUCUUUCAAACAAUCUGAACAAAUUUGAUGAAGGUCUAGCCUUGGCUCAUUUUGUGUGGAUUUCACCUUUACAAGUAGUGCUUCUGAUGGGGCUUCUCUGGGAGAUGUUGCAGGCCUCAGCAUUUUGUGGACUUGGUUUCCUAAUUCUUGUCGCUCUUUUCCAAUCAUGGCUAGGACGAAUGAUGAUGAAAUACAGAGAUCAGAGAGCAGGAAAGAUCAACGAGAGACUUGUGAUCACCUCAGAAAUGAUUGAGAAUAUACCGUCAGUCAAGGCUUACUGUUGGGAGAAUGCAAUGGAAAAUAUGAUUGAAAGUCUGCGACAGACUGAACUGAAGCUGACCCGAAAAGCUGCUUAUGUGAGAUAUUUCAAUAGCUCAGCAUUCUUCUUCUCUGGGUUCUUUGUGGUGUUUUUGGCUGUGCUUCCAUAUGCAAUAAUCCAUGGAAUUAAACUCAGAAAAAUAUUUACCACCAUCUCAUAUUGCAUUGUUCUUCGAAUGACAGUCACUAGACAGUUUCCUUGGGCUGUGCAGACAUGGUAUGACUCUCUUGGAGCAAUAAACAAAAUACAGGAUUUCUUGUUAAAAGAAGAAUAUAAAACAUUGGAAUAUAAUUUAACAACUACUGGACUUGAAUUGGAUAAAGUUACAGCCUUCUGGGAUGAGGGAACUGGGGAGCUUUUUGCAAAAUCAAAACUGGAAAAUGGCGACAGAAAAAUAUCCACCACUACUGGUGGCCUCUUCUUCAGUAAUUUCCCACUUCAUUUUACUCCUGUCCUUAAGGACAUCAGCUUCAAAAUUGAAAAGGGACAGCUGCUAGCAGUUGCUGGAUCUACUGGAGCAGGCAAGACUUCUCUCCUGAUGCUGAUCAUGGGUGAGUUGGAGCCUCUGGAAGGUAAAAUCAAGCACAGUGGAAGGAUUUCCUUUUGCCCGCAAGUAUCGUGGAUCAUGCCUGGAACAAUUAAAGAAAACAUAAUAUUUGGUGUUUCCUAUGAUGAAUUCCGAUAUAAGAGCGUCAUCAAAGCCUGUCAGUUAGAAGAGGACAUUUCAAAGUUUCCAGAGAAAGAUGACACAGUUUUGGGAGAAGGUGGAAUCACACUCAGUGGCGGUCAGCGAGCCAGAAUCUCGCUAGCCAGAGCAGUGUAUAAAGAUGCUGAUUUAUAUCUCUUGGAUUCCCCGUUUGGUUAUUUAGACAUGUUAACCGAAAAAGAAAUAUUUGAAAGUUGUGUUUGCAAGCUUAUUGUCAAUAAAACCAGAAUACUUGUCACUUCAAAACUGGAACAUUUAAAGAUAGCAGACAAGAUAUUAAUUUUACAUGAAGGAAGCUGUUAUUUCUAUGGAACAUUUCCUGAACUUCAGGGUCAGCGACCCAACUUCAGCUCUGAGCUGAUGGGAUUUGAUGCUUUUGAUCAGUUCAGUCCAGAAAGAAGAAAAUCCAUUCUGACUGAAACGCUGAGGCGGUUCUCAAUUGACAACAAUGGAAUGGGUUCGCGAAAUGAAAUUAAAAAACCGUCAUUCAAGCAAACUUCAGAUUUUACUGAGAAAAGGAAGAACUCUGUCAUGAAUGCACUGAAUUCCAGCCGAAAGUUUUCUCUCAUGCAAAAACCACCACUGCAGGUCAAUGGUAUAGAGGAAGGUCUUGGGGAACCAGUAGAAAGGAGGUUGUCUUUGGUGCCAGACUCGGAACAAGGAGAAGCAAUUCUUCCCCGCAGCAAUGUAUUCAAUCCAGGCCCCACAUUUAGAGGACAAAGAAGACAGUCUGUGCUUAACUUGAUGACCAGAACCUCAGUUCAUCCAGGUCAAAGCCUUUACAAAAGGGGCAGCGUAUCAGUACGUAAAAUGUCAGUAGUCCACCAGUCUUGCGAAAUAGACAUCUAUGCCAGGCGCUUAUCUCGGGACAGUGUGUUAGAGAUAACUGAAGAGCUUAAUGAAGAGGAUUUAAAGGAAUGUUUCUUUGAUGAUUCUGAGACCAUGAAUGCUGUUACUACAUGGAAUACAUACUUCAGAUAUAUUACCAUCCACAAAAAGUUGAUUGUUAUACUAUUUAUGUGUGUAGCUAUUUUUUCAAUUGAGGUGAUUGCUUCUCUGGUUGGCGUAUUGUCUGUUUCACCUAAUCCAAAUACUACAAAGCCAGCAAAUACUACCUCAGAUGCAUUGGACAAAACUGCAGUUAUUAUUACUGAGACAAGCAAAUAUUACAUCUUCUACAUUUAUGUGGGCGUGGCAGAUACCUUGCUGGCCAUGGGAAUCUUCAGGGGCAUACCCCUCGUGCAUACUCUUAUAACAGUUUCUAAAACUCUUCACCGCAAGAUGCUGCAUGCAGUUCUUCAGGCACCCAUGUCUUCCUUCAAUAAGCUGAAAGCAGGUGGAAUACUUAACAGAUUCUCAAAAGAUAUAGCAAUAUUGGAUGACUUACUGCCACUCACAAUAUUUGACUUCAUCCAGUUAAUGCUCAUUGUGAUUGGUGCCAUAGUCGUAGUCUCAGUAAUGGAACCCUACAUCUUCCUGGCGUCUGUGCCUGUAAUAGGAGCCUUCAUUAUGUUAAGAGCAUACUUCCUACACACUUCACAGCAACUGAAACAACUGGAAUCUGAAGGUAGAAGUCCAAUUUUUACACAUCUCGUUACAAGCUUAAAGGGACUUUGGACCUUGAGAGCUUUUGGACGGCAGCCAUAUUUUGAGACUCUAUUUCAUAAAGCCCUGAACUUGCACACAGCAAAUUGGUUCCUAUAUCUGUCCACGUUACGUUGGUUCCAGAUGAGAAUAGAAAUGAUUUUCAUCAUCUUCUUCAUCGUUGUCACAUUUGUUUCUAUUGCAACUACAGGUAGUGGGGAAGGAACAGUUGGCAUUAUUCUUACAUUAGCCAUGAAUAUUAUGGGAACCUUACAAUGGGCAGUAAACUCAAGCAUAGAUGUAGACAGCCUGAUGCGUUCUGUGAGCCGAAUAUUUAAAUUCAUUGAUAUGCCAACAGAAGAAUCCAAAAUUAUAUCACCAUCAAAAAAUGAGGAGCUGUCCCAUGCUCUCAUAAUUGAGAAUAAGCAUGUAAAGGAAGAGAGUGUCUGGCCAUCCGGUGGGCAAAUGACAGUGAAGGAUCUCACAGCCAAAUAUAUAGAUGGAGGAUUGGCUAUAUUAGAAAACAUUUCCUUUUCAAUAAGUCCAGGACAAAGGGUGGGCCUUUUAGGAAGAACUGGCUCAGGGAAAAGUACUUUGCUCUUUGCUUUUUUAAGGCUCUUGAAUACAGAAGGGGAUAUUCAAAUUGAUGAUGUCUCCUGGAACACCGUCUCUGUACAGCAGUGGAGAAAAGCAUUUGGAGUAAUACCCCAGAAAGUAUUCAUAUUCUCUGGAUCUUUUCGGAAAAACUUGGACCCUUAUACACAAUGGAGUGAUGAAGAACUAUGGAAUGUUGCUGAGGAGGUUGGAUUGAAAUCUGUAAUAGAGCAAUUUCCAGGACAGCUUGAUUUUGUUCUUCUGGACGGAGGCUGUGUCCUCAGCCAUGGACAUAAACAGUUGAUGUGUCUUGCCAGAUCAAUUCUCAGCAAAGCUAAAAUUCUUCUUCUUGAUGAACCAAGUGCUCAUCUUGAUCCUAUGACUUUCCAAGUGAUUAAAAAAACUCUCAAGCAAGCUUUUGCAAACUGCACAGUGAUACUGUCAGAACACAGACUGGAAGCACUACUAGAAUGUCAGCGAUUUUUGGUGAUAGAAGAGAAUAAAGUCAGGCAAUAUGAAUCAAUCCAGAAGCUGCUAAGUGAAAAGAAUUCCUUCCGACAAGCCAUCAGCCAUUCUGAUCGAGCCAAACUCUUCCCAAUACAUCCUAGGAACUCAAGCAAGCGCAGAUCCAGGCCUAAAAUCACCGCCUUGCAAGAAGAAACUGAGGAAGAAGUGCAAGAAACCCGCCUGUGA